CUUUAUAUCGCUCAAUCAAUUGUAUCAAUAAAUCUGCUAUUGGUGCAAAGUUUUGUUUUACAUAGCUCCCAUGGCUACGUUUCUUGGUUUUUCACCUCUGUACCUCACAAAUUUCACCACCCCAAUUGUCUCAACCAAGGUCAUUCCACACCCAAUUGGCUUCACCCUCUCUAGUCCGUUACCAUUCCCAACACGCCCACUUGCAGAAGCCGAACCCUUUCUCCGAAAACAACCACCAUCACUCACCACAACCAGAGCUCUCAGACAGUGGCAGGAGUAUGAGGAAGCAGUAAAAGACAAGGACCUGGCUCGAGCUCUUCGCUUCUUGCAAGAUAUCCCAGUCGAACCCCACAAUUCUUCGAUUGACUCAGCUCCAUCUAGGGUUGUUAAUGGUGAAUUGGGGCUAUUUGGAUUGGACAAGGAUUGGGAGGUGUUAGAUACAUGCUUGAAUGCUGAUGAUAUGAGGCUUGUUGGGAGUGCCUAUGCUUUUCUCAAAGACCGGGGCUUAUUGCCCAAUUUUGGAAAAUAUCGAAAUAUAGUUCUGGAGGGACCAAGAGAUGUUACACCAAUUGUUUUGAAGUCGUCAACUGGUCUGGAAGUUUCUAAACUUUCACCAAAGAAGUGGGGUCUUUCUGGAAGCUCUAGAGUCGUUUUGGUUGGUUUACUUGCUGGAGUGUCAUUUUUGCUUAAUCAAGGAAUAGAUAUUAGGCCAAACCUAGCAGCCACAUUGGGAUUAGCCAUGAUAGAUUCAAUAUUCCUUGGUGGAUCCUGUUUGGCUCAAAUCUCAAGUUACUGGCCUCCAUAUAAACAUCGAAUUCUUAUACAUGAAGCAGGCCAUCUUCUUAUCGCAUUCCUUAUGGGGUGUCCAAUUCGUGGGGUAAUUUUAGACCCCAUAGUCGCGAUGCAAAUGGGCAUUCAAGGGCAGGCAGGAACUCAAUUUUGGGAUGAGAAACUGCAAAAUGAACUUGCUGAAGGUCGACUCAGUGGUACUGCCUUUGACAGGUACUGCAUGGUGCUUUUUGCUGGGAUAGCAGCUGAGGCUCUUGUCUACGGAGAGGCUGAGGGUGGAGAAAAUGAUGAAAAUCUGUUCAGGAGCGUCUGUGUUCUCUUGGAACCCCCACUAUCUAAGGCACAGAUGUCAAAUCAAGCAAGGUGGUCAGUUCUGCAAUCUUAUAAUCUGCUCAAAUGGCACAAACAUGCUCAUCGAGCUGCUGUAAAAGCUUUGGAAAGUGGAGGACAGUAUACAUACCUUGGUAAUCUUGGCACAGGACAGAAGGGAAGCCCGAGACGUAAGACGUCCAAAGCCCUGAUGUUGUGAAAGCAAUUUGGAGCUUGGACAAAACACCUUCCAGAGGCGUACUGGUCAUUUGAAUAUUUUCACCGCUCCAUAUUUUCCGGUGGGUGGCUUCUAAAUGGAAAGAAGAUUAGAGAGCAGCGUCUUAUAUAUGUUCCACAGUCCGUCAGACUUGGCAUCUUCCAACAGCGUUGAUGAUGAUUAUGAUGAUGAUUAGACCAUGUGCACAUAUAUAUAUAUAUAUAUA